UGUUACGAUCAUGGCUCAGUUUAAAUACUGGAGGCGCGUGUCUUUUCGCUUCUAAAAACACACUCGCUAGUUGGACUUCGUUUAUUUGUUGUUUUAUUUGGCAAUAAACGCUCCUCGUUGCAACCCACUAAUUAGUUUUCCGACUUUUUCGACUGGUAGCCUAUAGUAUUUGGGAUUAAAAUGGUCAUCAAGGUUUACAUCGCUUCCUCGAGCGGCUCGGUCGCGGUCAAAAAGCAUCAGCGGGCGGUCGUGAGUUUCUUGGAGGCCAAUCGUAUCAGCUUCCAGGAAGUAGACAUCACCAUGCUGGAGGAGCAGAGGCUGUGGAUGUACCGCAACAUACCCAGAGACAAGCAUCCGGUCAAGGGCAACCCACUGCCUCCGCAGAUAUUCAACGAGGAUCGCUACUGCGGGGACCAUGAAGACUUCUUCCAGUCGAAGGAGGACAACGCUGUGUUGGCAUUCCUCGGGCUCGGCUCCCAACCCUCGCUGGAAGAUUCUGAGUCCUAGCCACGAUCAAACUGCUGGUACACGACGUCCCAGGAGCCUUAAAAUAUGAAGAUGAAAACCACAUGGCUUCCUGUGUUGCAUCAUCUCUUCUCACGUGUUCCUCCUGCUCGGGUGCCAGCCUGUUGCCAAACAUCAGACCCCCCCACGGAUAUCACCCUGUGUGACCUCUCCUGACUCUUUACUCACUCCAAUCACUUUAGUGUCCAAGAAGUGUCUGAUUCUCAAGAUAGACUUAUUCACAGGAGAAGGGGAUCGACUCCACGAUGGAUGCGUUUGUGUUUCCUUUUCAUGUUUAACGCACUGUGGCAGCAAACACCGGCCGGAGCAUACAUUCUGUGCAAAUUAGAUGUCGCAGCUUUUGCAUCGGCAGACCAGCUGCUUUAGGUCAACACACAACGCAGGGAAUUUGGAAAGAACCGGCACACAAGUCACCUGAACACAUCGUUUGUGUACAUGCCUUAGAAUGUGUGUACGCUUGAGAGUCUCUUUUAAUGAGUCGCUGUUCAUGAAUCUAGUGUUAAGAGCAACCUGACGUGUGUCUGUGUGUGUGUGUGUGUGUGUGUGUGUGUGUAUGUGUGUGUGUGUGUGUGUGUGUGUGUGUGUAUGUGUAUGCUCUCCCUGAGGUGACGGUGACACUGCAGUUUACCACAAAGCAGAUGACACCUAAUGCUAUGAAUCCUAAAACAUAUGAGGCAUGGAGAUGAUGGCUAAUAUCGUUGCCAGCCUUGUUGUCACUGUCAUCGACCUUACUUGUAUCAUUCCACUGCCAAAAUGCUUAGAUUAAAGGACAGGGUGGCUGUUAUUAUAUAUAUAUAUAUUUUAAAAAAAGAUUUGUAUCGUAUAGUCUAUAAAUUCAAUAAAAAGAUGAAAACCAAUAAUAUGUUAGUCUCUUGGUACGUUCUGGCUUCUCUACCCUGUCUGUGGCACUCAGCCUUUAGCCCAGAAGUUCUUUCUGAAGGUUUAAGUCUUCGUAAAUAUAGUUUCAAAUGUAUAGUUUCAUGUUCUAAAAGGCAACAUAGUUCCCUAAAACCACAGGGCACUGUAGUUUUUAGUAAAUGUUACUCAAACAAGUAAAUAGCGCAUUUGUAGGGACUAUUUUAAGCUGUGGAAUAAUCCACAUGUGGUGCUCUAAUUAGUAUCAGCAGGACCGUGUUUGUGGGAAAAUAUACAACAGUAGGUUCAAUAGAAUAAAGGAAGAUGGGCAGUUGGGUCCAAUAAUUGUUGGUUUUGGUCUUUUUAUGGGAUUUGUUGACAGCAUGAAAAACAGCGCAGGCUUUAUCCUCUAAUCCAGUCCGCUGUGGACAAAGCACGGUUAUAAACACGGUCACGUGAGCCAUAGGAGGGCCCUUCCCAGAUGAUUACUCCGAAGCCUUAUCACACAGACGACAGGAGAUAAGAAAUUCUAAUUAUUGCUCAGAGAUAAUCAAGUUGCAAAGCUGCGCACAGGCAGACCUUCGACUCGGCUUCCUCUUCCCUGCUCUGUGUAGCUUUCCAAAUGGCCGAGUGAACCGACGGUGACAUGUGAGUACACGGCCCUCUGUGCGUUUCAUGACAUGAACAUGUAGGUUGAUGCUGCUGCAUCACGGCCAGCCCGCUGUCACUUCCUCCAAUCUGUAUUCCACAUCUCCAACAGUCAGCAUGUCUCUCGUCCUUAUUAAAUUAUCAUGGCUGGUGAACUAAUUCCUUUAUGUCGACACAUGGAGGCCACACACACAAACGGGUGCACCCUCCCUAGCCAUUCUUCCCGAAAUGUCGUGCCAAGAUGUGAAAGGAUGUCAUUUUGACUUAUUUUAAAUAAUGCAGGAGGCAUCAAUGUACUCACGACGGUCCUAUACGGCCGAGUUGUGUCCUUGUGUUGUGAAAUAAUGUUUGUUUUUUUUGUACGAUAUGCUAUAUAAAUGUACCAGAUGUAACGUAUGCUACGUUCCGCCUCACGCUCUGCGACUGUCGAGCUUUAUUGCUGCGUUUUUCUGUUUGUAACGGGGUUGUGAGAGUUAUGAAAGCAUGCCAUUUUCAAAGUAAAAUUUGCUUGAGUCUUUGUCACAUGGUCGUGUCACACUACAGCGAAGAACAUUAGCGCUACACACAAAAGUAGAAGGCCUAAUUGUUCAUCUUAAUACUUUUCGUAGAGGUGGUGAGGAGUUUUUUUUUAUGUGAUGCUGUAAACUGAACUCUAAUCUUACAUCACUGUAUAAAAUCCACUGUACCUUCCUAUUGUGACUAAAUAAUAAAAAAUAUUCAACGCCUGCA